AUGGAUCGACCGCCUUCGAGGUCACGAGCUCCCAUGAGCCUGGAGGCAUUGCUUGAUGAAGAAAACAGAGAAGUUUUAGCUGCCCUGGAUCGAAAAAGACCCUCUAGUCCCAUUCCCAGAUUCAAACCUCCGAGAACCGCCACUCCGCCGCCAAUCCGCAGCAUGCUCGACGUCGAUUCUCCGACUCCUCGACAUGGCUCCAUCGCGGGCAUUGGCGUGGGAGUCACGAGCCCCCAUUCAUCGAGAAGGCCGAUGAAAGAACUCGACCCCUCAGAUCCCAGUAGCUGGACCUCUCCUCAUUCCAGCAAACCGAGCUCUCCCGUCCUCACCAAGGCCUCUCCGGUGACCACGCGACAACGUAACUCCUCAGAGACGGAGCGGCCAGUGGGACUUCCCAAGAUACAAACGGAUGAGAAGCGAGGGUUUGAGGAAAAAUAUCAAUUUGACAUCUCCGCAAUACCUUCAUCUUCGUCUGCAUCUCGAUCCCCUCCAGGUUCGAAGAGGCAACGUGAGGGAUCUGGCGCCGCCAUGGCCGCUGCUUUGUCAGGAGAUCUCGGUGCCCUACAUGUAGGCGCAUCAGGAGGGACGCACGGGAGACAUAAUUCUACCGCGGCCGCCGGUGCCAGUUCAAGAUCGCCAUCCUCACGUAUCCGAAAGCCUGACCCCUCAAAGGCAGGAUUCCUCAGCCCCACGAGCCCAGCGGGUCCCUUGACGACGAACUCAGGAACUGUUGUGGACGAUCAGGCACACCUACGAUUGUCGUCGGGUAGUUUCUCGACUACGACUGAAGAUUCAGAGGAGGGAAUUGAUAAUCUGGCCAAGGAACGUGUUGCGGCCGAGGAGGAAGCCCUGGACGACAGUGAUGAGGAUGCCAUGUCUCACAGUAGUGACGAAGACGAGACUAGGGGUCGGUCGGAGAGACGAAAACUGUCAACCACCGCCGAGAUAGUCGAUGCAAAGCCUUCUAAUACGAAUGGUGCUUCGUCACCUGAGGAUGCUAAGAGAACCUCGCACUCUCAACAAUUCGUCAGGUCGUUACUUGAACCCUCCAUUUCCAUCACCAGUCCCACUGGGGAAAAUGUGACCGACCAGAAAGGCGGCACGAGUACACCUAUCAGACGGUCAUCUGUGACGUCGGCAGAGGAUGAUGACGAAGAAGCCGCUAUCAGGAAGGCCAAAACUCUGGCGCUGAAUAUAUCACCGCUCGACUCGACAGUGGCUGACCGACACGUGCGGAUCAUUCUGCGAGGGAACUGGGCCCAUUUCUACCAAGAGGCGGAAGUUGGAAAAAGAACGGCAAGAAUCUACCUCCUUUGCAGUGAUCUAAGUGUCGAAGCAAGUUAUGCCAUGGAAUGGGUUGUGGGCACAAUGAUGAGGGAUGGAGACACUCUCCUUGCCAUCUACGCGAUAGAGGACGAAAGCGCCGGAAAGACCAGCGAAGCUGAAAGAGAAGUACUGACAGCCGAAGGGACCAAGGCUGGCAAGGACGCUUCCGACGUUAUGCAGACCUUGACGCGCCAGACAACCCAGGGAGGGGGCACAAGUUUCGGAUUGGGGAAGGAGUCACAGUAUAUCCCAGCGACCGAAGUCGAGAGCCUGACUGGUAGUGUCGACGCAAGAAAAGUCUCUAAGAAAGAAAUGGAGCGUCUGAAGGCUAUUGAGGGCCUGACACAGGACUUUGUCAAGCUGGUCCGCAAGACGACACUGCAAGUGAGGUGUAUGGUGGAAGUCAUCCAUUGCAAAAGUCCAAAACAUUUGAUUCUUGGAGCGAUUGACCAACUCGACCCUACUCUAUGCGUUGUGGGCACACGUGGCCGCAGUUCUCUUAAGGGUGUCCUCCUCGGAUCCUUCUCCAACUAUCUCGUCACCAAGUCCUCGGUGCCAGUCAUGGUUGCGCGGAAGAAAAUGAAGAAAAGCCACUCAAAUGUUCGCAUCAGUAGCGCUAAAAUACGUUUAUCCAACAAUUUAACGGCCAGCCAUCUGCCUCCGAAACGAAGGGGCUUGCAACAGGCGAGAAUUGACUAG